AUGCCGCGAGAUCGAGCUGCAUACCGAAACGUCCGUUUUUAUGACGCGUCAACAGCCACCUGUGUUGGGGGAUUUUACCAGAAUGGCUCUAUCACUGAAGAAAAUCUCAUCUGGAUUUUGAGUGAGGUGCUUUUGAUCACGGACGGUGAACACCCUUGGACUAUUCAGCACAGGCCCUCAGGCCGAACUAUCACACCUUCAAGCAACCCAGUCGUGCUUGGAAAUUAUGAUAUCUACUCUACAGGACCUUUUCAAGUAACCGAUGAACCGUGGUUUGCUCGACUCACCAGCCACUCUAUCUCUGGUCGAGAAGAUCAAUUUCGGUAUGAAGUCCGUGCCAGAGAUGGGAAAUGUGUCAUAUCUGGACAAGUCAACCCUUCGGCUCAGUGGGAUGACUGGGCAGGGCUUGAGGCUGCACAUGUGUUCCCAGUGGCAAAGGAGAGUCUUUGGAUUGCAUUAAACUAUGGACGCUGGAUAACAAACAUCGAUGAUGCUGAGGGACAGUCCAAAAUUCAUUCUGUUCAGAAUGGAUUACUGAUGAUGGGGAACCUGCACACUCGCUUUGACCAGUAUCUAUUCUCCAUAAACCCAGAUGAUGGUUACAAGAUUGUUGAGUUUGGCGCUGGCAGCUGGGGAAUUGAUGGAAGAAUAUUGGACCCUGUUUGCCGUGAUCCAAACACCAAUAAUCGUGUCUCAGAUGAGCUGCUUCGAUGGCACUUCCGACAGUCUGUGCUUGCCAAUAUGCGAGGCGCAGGCGAGCCUAUCUUUGAGUCUGACUUCCCUCCAGGAUCAGAUAUGAUGGCAACACUGCGUGAUGAAGCGUACGGCAAAGAACGAUUUGAGAUGAUACUUGAGUCAAAACUACAAUCUGAGAUUACAAACAAAUAG